AUGACAUUUACGGCAAAAAAUCAGAAGCUGAAGAAAGAAAAUAAAGCUAUUAGAAAGGAAAGUGAACAGACUAAGAAGGAAGUUCGAGUAUUAAGUACCAGACUUAAAUACCUAGAGAAAGAGAAGAAAAAGGAUAAGGUGAUCGUAACAGGUUUGGAUAUAGACGCUGAUGAGUCGGACGAGCUGAAAUCAACCAUGGGAAAAUGA